AUGGAGGAAGCGAAGGUGGAGAACAGAAUCCCUGAGGUGGAGAAUACAAUCGCGGAGAUCACAAGUACUACUCGCGGCAUUAAUACAGUUCCCACAAAAAAUGCUGUCUCACAAGAUCCAGAAAAGAACUUGAAUCAGCCUAACGCUGCUGAUGAAAUUGAAGAUAUACAAUAUGCCACUGGGAUCAAGUUAGCCACGCUUGUGUCCGCAGUAACCCUAACUGCUAUUCUCAUAACACUUGACGGGUCAAUACUUGCUACGGCAACCCCGAAAAUUACAGACCAGUUUCAUUCUCUUCCGGAUGUCGGAUGGUAUGGAGCUGCUUACUUGUUGACAAGCUCUGCUCUUCAGCCUGCUACGGGAAAGUUAUAUGCUCAUUUCAGUAUCAAGUACACUUACAUAGCCUUUAUUGGUAUUUUUGAACUUGGGUCGCUCAUAUGCGGUGUUGCUACCUCCUUUAAUAUGCUGAUAGUCGGAAGAGCAGUUGCUGGAAUGGGCAGUGCUGGGGUGGGAAAUGGUGCACUCACCAUAGUUUCUGCCAUGGUUCCUCUUGAAAAGAGAGCUUUGUAUAUUAGUAUCACAGGAUCAUUUGGUCAGUUGGGCGUUGUCUUCGGAACAUUGAUUGGAGGUGCCUUGACAGAAUAUACGACUUGGAGAUGGUGCUUCUACCUGAAUCUUCCCAUAGGCGGAUUCGCGGUUGCUGCUUUACUUUGGGUAGCAGUCCCCAAACUCAACAAGGAAGAUCAUAAGCGGAUGAAUCUCAUUUCUCUUUUUCAUGAGCUCGACAUCAUGGGCUGUCUCCUAUUCUCCCCAUCUAUGAUCAUGUUUCUCCUAGCUCUUCAAUGGGGCGGCUCGACAUAUCCUUGGAAUAGUGCAGUUAUCAUCGGCCUAUUCUGCGGAUCUGCUGGCAAUAUCGCUGUUUUCUUGAUCUGGGAAUACAAAAAGGGGUAUUCUGCGAUGAUCCCAUUCCAGAUGGUGAAGAAAAGAGUAAUUUAUUGCUGUGGUCUGAAUAUAUUCUUUCUCUAUGCAAAUAAUGUGGUAACAGCCUACUACCUUGCGAUUUAUUUUCAAGGUGUGCGAGGGAAGACACCAACAUUGAGUGGAGUUUACACGCUGCCGAGAAUCCUCGGCCAGAUGAUUUGUGGGAUUUUGGCUGGCUUUACCGUUAUCGGUACAGCCCUGGCAGCGGUUGGAUCCGGGUUGAUCAGUACAUUCACUAAAAAUACCAAUACUGGAACCUGGAUCGGAUAUCAAAUCAUUGCCGGCGUGGGGCGUGGUUUAUCUAUUCAAAUGCCUCUUGUAGCAGUCCAAACCAACGUGCCUGUAUCACAAAUCGCGGUUAGCAUGGCCUUCCUCAAAUUCUGUCAGAACUUCGGCGGAUCCCUAUUGCUCUCUUUUGCCGAAACGGCGUUUGAUAUUGGACUUGAUCAUGCUUUGCCGAAAUAUGCUCCCGGUGUUUCUGCUGCUACAGUUUCAUCGGCUGGUGUAUCAGGAAUACGAACAAUUAUACCACAGGACAAGGUGACUGGCGUGAUCAUGGCCUAUAUGGUUGGUGUUAAGGAGGUUUUCUAUGUAGUAGCUGGCACUACUGCUGUUGCUGUAGUUUUCGGUUGCGGGUUAGGGUGGAAGAGUGUAAAGAAAGCAAAGAACUCCGAGUCGGAUGAGCGUCAGGCUUCCAGGGCUUGA